CGGCUCAGAAUUCUCAAACGCGCAUGCGCACGAAGAGGUGGAUCAGACUGUCACAGCAUGGAUCCAGAUAUAAUACCAAAGAGAGAAGAAGAAGAGAGACCAUGUGCAAGUAGUGUCCAGGACACUCAGCAGAAAAGCCCCCUAGAUGCCACCACAGAACCUGUAUCACCGGAUGAACAGAUGCCCAAAGAACUAGUGAUUUCUGUUGAGAAGGAUGCUGUUUACCAACCUUCUAAGAAAGAGAGAUCACGAAAACAAAGGAAAAAAAUAGCACAAUCAAAUAGUGAAUCCACCAGAGACACGCAACAGAAUCUUUUGACAGAUGACUUGGAUCACGCAGAGGAAACUCAAGAGGCCCAAAACGAAGAAAAUGACAAGAGGCGAGCGUUACGUUUGCGAAAGAACACAAUGGAGGGUAAAUACAAAUGUGAAAAAAGGAUCAAAAACUCAUUGGACAUAAACAAAGUUACCAUACAGUAUACACCUUAUAAGCCACAGAAAAAGUAUACGUGUUUGGAGUGUGGCAGAAGCUUCAUCUCAACGUCACAUCUGACUGUACACCAGAGGUCCCACACUGGGGAGAGGCCUUACAAAUGUUCCACAUGUGGCAAAAGCUUUAUGAGGAAGUCUUCUCUUGUAAUUCACGAGCGGAUCCACACAGGUGAGAGGCCUUAUUCGUGUCCGGAUUGCGGGAAGAGCUUCACCAGCAGCGCUACGCUUACCACCCACAAAAGGAUCCACACGGGAGAGCGGCCGUAUGUAUGCUCGGAAUGUGGCAAGAGCUUCACCAGUAACUCCUCUCUGUUUAUACACAACAGGACGCACACGGGGGAGAAACCUUAUAUCUGUGUGGAAUGCGGGAAAACGUUCUCUUGCACGUCGGCUCUUGUGAUCCACAAACGGUCCCACACGGGCGAGAAACCGUUUAUGUGUAACUUUUGCGGAAAGAGUUUUGCCGACAACUCAAGACUGGUCAAACACAAAGCUACUCACACCGGAGAUUGGCCGCAAAUUUGUACUAUUUGUGGGAAGGGCUUUACUUGUCUCUCAAAUCUUAUCGUUCACCAAAGGUCCCAUACGGGCGAGAGGCCCUUUGAAUGCGGGAAAUGUGAUAAGCGCUUUGCCAACAACAGAGAUCUUGUGAGACAUCAGACGACGCACACGGGAGAAAGGCCUUUCGUGUGUUCUGAAUGUGGCAAGAGAUUCAUACGCAAGUCCCAUCUUACUACCCACUUGAAAAUUCACUCGAGAGUAAAGAUGGUUGUGUCAACCGAAUAAAGACGAUCCAUCCAGGCCUUCACAAACUCCAUAAGCCAUGACAUUGUUGUAGUAUUCUGUAUAGAUCAUAAAUACAUAACUCUUUUCAGGUU